AUGGCCGAAGCUGCUCCGCCAACCGGUAUGGGCAAUCGCCAACUUCGAGAGUGGAUCCAGGAAUGGGGCAGUGCAUGGGAUUUCCUCGGCCUCGCCCCGGGCAGUGCUAUGAGUGAGGUCCUCCGCGCCUCCAAACGCACGGCGAUCCGCCUCCACCCGGACAAAAGUCUUUCAGAUGAGGUGGAAAUGGCUACAGUCCGCAUGCAGGCGCUGGGCAAUGCCAAGGAGAUCCUCCUCAACCCGAGCCUCAGGAUUCUCCAUGACAAUAUCCUGGGCCUGGGAGUUGGUACUGGGGGGACGGGGGACCACCGCCUCCGCCAAAAGCCUCGCCACAGAGCUGGCUCUGCCAAGGGCAAGGACAAAGGUCGCUGGGGUACCCCCUUCUACGACACCAGCAGCGAGGAGUUUUCCAGUGGCGGUCCUGUGCUGCAAAAGGGGCCUCCCUACCGGUACCGCCGACAGCAAAAGGGGGCCUUUGGACUGACGAAGAACCUUUUCAUGGACCUCAUGCGAGUGGGGGCUCCGCCCUCCCCACCAAGGCGCCGCCGCCCUCCACGUUUGACAACACGAUGCGGUGGAUCUGUGGAGGCUGUGGAGAACCUAAUGGGCUUCAUCGGUAUGGCUGCAAUGGGUGCCGUCGCUCUCGACACGCUGCAGGAGAGGGCGACACACUGGAUAUGCCCCGACUGCCAGGAUGAGACGACCAUCCAGUGUUCUGGAUGUGGAUGCUGGCGGCCAAGACAUGGGUCUCUCAUCAAUAACGGCCCUGCCCCCCACCAACCUGCUGGUGCACCCGAGGGCGUCCACAGCCCCUGUUGUGCUCAAUCGCCGGGCACAGCGGAAAGGCAUCCGCCAAAGGCCAGGGGCCCCACAGAGGAAAGCCGUCCUAUGGCGAUUGUGGCACCGAACGGAGAGGCCCUGUGGUUCUCACUGUGCGCGAGCUUGACGAGUCGACCCCAGACUGGCUCUGCCUUGGACCAUCUUGGUCAUGUGCCGCAGGGCCCUAUGCGGGUUGCAGUCAUGGGGGCGCGUGGGAGUGAUCUUCAUCCGUCGAGUGGCACAAGAUAUCCUGCACUGGGCGCACCGCCGAGGAGGCACAUCCGGAACCUCAAGGCGAUCUACCGCCCCUCAGCCCUGCGACCGGAGACCAUCGCCCCCUGUUCACCUUUCAGGCCGUGCCGCCCUUACCCGGCCCCGCUCCGCCUGCUCCCGCUUGCAGAGACCUAUGCGGAAGCGGACCAAGCCCAGAAUGUUAUGGGCCGGUGGGCUAUGCAGAUCUUGGGCAAUGGGCCGGCAGUUCCGCCAGAUGAGGGCGUACCGCCUGCAGAUGGCAGUAAGGGUGCCUCCGCCCCGAGUUCGACGCCGAGUGGCAAAGGCUCCGGGAACGCUGGCAAGAGAGCCACGCACUGGUACUGCAAAAGGUGCUCCUAUAGGGUGCCAAUCACCCGCACGAUUUGCACCAUGUGCAACCGUGACAGGGAGCAAUGCGUGGUAUCUGAUGACGAGGAACCGGAGGAUGAUGUCGUCCUCAACAAAGAGGAGCUCGAGGAAGUUGCCCGGCUCGAACGAGAAUGCGCGGACCUGGAGCAAAGGAUGAGAGGCCUCAACGCCGGCCAGCAGCGGGCACUCCUGGAAAACCUCGCGAACAGCUCGAGUGCCGUGAUGGGAGGGCUUUUGGCCGAUACCAUCAGGCGCACCGCCCAGCUACGAGGCCAGAAGGGUAAAGGGGGGUCCAGCAAUGUCAAGGUGAGGGCAUCCAACGACACUGCUCGCAACGACCCCAAGUACCUGGCCGAUUUGGAGGCAGGUGUAUCCACGGCAGUGGCGUUUCAACGCCAUCGCUCCCGACUUCGUGCCGUACAACACCAGGUGGCCCAGGGCAAUGUGGCGUUACAGCCCCGUGCCACUCCCCUGCAGAGGGUGAGGGCGCUACCGCCCAUGAUGAGCUUGGGCCGCUCCCAUCGCCUUCAUCUCCUCAACAGAUUGGAGAGACUUGAAAGGCGGGGAGUCACCUGGACCCAGGAGGAGGUGCUCCACCCCCCCCAGGUGUACCACCUCAUACUGGCACUACAGCGAGCACCCCGUCGGGAACCUCUUCUGCACCAUCGGGUACAACCGCGGACGGGCGGCCAGAACCUCCCCCACCUCGUUCCGAUCAGCCGGAAGAUCGAGAAGCUGGGCGGCCAGUGCCUCCGGACCAAGGUGACGAUCAGCCGGGAGCCCAACCCUCAGCUCCUUCUACAACGCCUGAGGGAGGUGAUGCUGCAGGUGACACCGCCCCAGCUGGGCGUUCCGCCAGAAUGGGAGCCAAAGGCAAAGCCUCAGACAGCGGAAGACGACGGAACCGAACUCCUGCAUACACUCGCUGCAAAGUAUUUAGAUAAGGCGGCAGAGGCUUUUCCAAUGCCCGAAGGGAGCGAACCGCCCCGACUAUGGCGUGUUCGGCUUUAA